AUGGAGGAUGAUGAUGCUGAGCAUAACUAUGACUAUGAGGAGGAUGAGUAUGAUGAGGAGGAUAACAAUGAGGAUGAAGGUGACCAGGAUGAGGUGAAGGAAUGUACAGAGGAGGAUGAAGCCAGAGCAGGUCCCUCUGGUCCACCCACUUGGCUCAAUCAGUGCCCUGAGUGUGGGCAGAGGUUCCCACGUGGCUCAGAGAUAGUUAAGCACCACUGCCCCCACCCUGGCACUCGGCCCUUUGUCUUUGGGGACUGUGGGAAGAGAUGCAGGAAAAGUUCCUACCUCAUCCAGCACUUCCGCACCCACACUGGAGAAAAGCCUUUCACUUGUGCUGCUUGUGGCCAGAGCUUCAUGCAGCGCAGUAGUCUCAGGUGGCAUUGCCUCACUCACACUGGAGAGAAGCCCUUCAGCUGUGACAGCUGUGGCAAGAGGUUCAGCCAGAGCUAUGGUCUAAGCCUGCACCACCUCACCCACACCAGUGAAAAGUUAUUUAACUGUAGGGACUGUGGUAAGAGCUUCAAACACCGCUCCUACCUCACCAUCCACCGCCGCAUCCACACUGGAGAGAAUCUGUUCCCCUGUGCUGAGUGCGGCAAGAGCUUCACCACGAGCACCAUAUACAUCCAGCAUCAACUCAUCCACAGUGGUGACAAACCCUACAGCUGAGCCGACUGCGGCAAGCGUUUCACUCAGGAGGGACACCUCUCCAGGCACCGUCGUGUGCACACUGGUGAGAAAGCUUUCACCUGUGACGACUGUGGCAAGAGCUUCAGCAUCAUCUCCUGUCUAACCAAGCAUCGCCUCAGCCACACCAGUGACGAGCCCAGAGAGCGGGGAGGUACAAAUAGAUCCACCCAGGGUCUGCUGGGGUAA